UACUUGUUUCUAAAAUACUAAUGAGUGCCCUUGGUGAUUAAGAGAAGCUUCUUGAUCUAUCCCAUUUCCAUGGCUUCAAACCGCAUUCAUGUUCUGUUCUUAUGGCUGCCCUUUUGUGUGGCCCUGGCAGCUGAAGCUGCAGUUGAGAAAAGUAUUUGGUCGGGUGAUCUUCUUUCUCCUCCUGACAGUAACACUACAAACCCAUCUUCUUGGGUAUCAAGUUCUGGUCACUUUGCAUUCGGCUUUUACCGUCACGGUAACGGCCACGGCUACGCCAUUGGAAUAUGGCUAAUAGCUGGAACCAACGAGACGGUUGUGUGGACCGCUAACCGUGACGACCCUCCAAUCUCAUCUAACUCCACCUUGCAAUUAACCGUGGAUGGCCUACUUCUGAAGCAAGGUAGUGAUGCCCAAGGACAGGUCUAUGUGGCUUCAGAGCCAGCAGGUUCCGCAUCCAUGCUUGAUUCCGGUAACUUUGUGAUCUAUAGUCAAGAAAGUUCUUUCUUUGUUGUGUGGCAAAGCUUUCAUCACCCAACUGACACCAUAUUAGGAGGCCAGAAUUUAACUAUUCUGAACCAGCUAGUCUCUAGCAGGUCCACUUCAGACCGUUCCACUGGACACUACUAUCUUGCCUAUCAGCGUGAUAACAACCUUGUUGCUUAUCCCGUCAAUAGCUCCUCACAGCCUCUUGAUGCUUACUGGGCUUCCAUGGAUUACUUCCCGUAUAUGAUUGGGGUGGAACAGUUGAGUCUUGACACUAAAGGCAAUCUUUGCUUCAUUGCCCCUACUCAAUGCCUGGCUACUAACACUCACCACCAAAACAAGCCGCAGAACACUAGCUCAAUCUACCGCGCAACUCUUGAUGUUGAUGGAAACCUGAGAUUGUAUGAGCACCUAUUUGAGGAUGUGGAGGGGAGUACAAUUACAAACUCACCAUCAUCAUCAUCACUUGUUCAUACGUUGUGGCAAGCCUUCACAGAUGAAUGCCAAAUCAAGGGGUUUUGCGGCUCCAACAGUUUCUGCUCCAACAUAAGAGGCAAUGCUAGAUGCCAGUGUUAUCCUGGUUUCGUCCCCUACAACACCAAAACCAGUUAUAGUAAUGCCAUGUUUCUGGAGUGCAAACUGAACUACACCAAAGAUGAUUGCGAAAGAAGUGGUGGCCGAAACUAUUUGUUGUAUAACACUGUUUCCUUGGAGGAGAUGCGGUGGGAUGACUGCCCAUAUUGGGCUAAACCAAUGAGCAUGGAAGCUUGUAACAAGUCUUGCAAGGAGGAUUGUGAUUGUGGAGCAGCAUUAUACACAAAUGGCCAAUGCAACAAAUAUAGUCUUCCAGUCAGAUAUGGCAGAAAGGUUCCAAAUGCAUCAGACACAGGCAUGGCACUCUUCAAGGUUCCUUCGGGAUAUGUCAUCGGGAAAAACACAACCACCUCAUCUCCCAAGAAUCCUAAUGCCAUUGUUAAUAACCAGAGAGGUCUGAUACUGAUUCUAGCCUCUACUUUGGGUUCCAUUUCAUUUCUCUGUGUGGUCUUUGUUGUGUCUAUUUUCUUCAUUUAUAGGAGCCAAGUUCAUAGAUUUACAAAGCUCUCUGCAAGUUCAAAUCUUGGAUUCACCGAGGAAUGUUCGCUACGCUCGUUUUCCUUUGAUGAACUUGUCAAAGCAACUAGUGGCUUCACAGAGGAGGUAGGCAGAGGAUCCUUCGGAGCAGUUUAUAGAGGCACAAUAGGAGAGAAUAGCAAAAGGAUUGCCGUCAAGAGAAUAGAGAAGUUUGUUGAUGAAGGGGAGAGGGAAUUCCGAGCCGAAAUCACUGCCAUUUCUAGAACUCAUCAUAGGAAUCUGGUUAAGCUCAUUGGCUUCUGUAUUGAGGGGUCAAGGAAGCUUCUUGUCUAUGAAUAUGUCAGCAAUGGAUCUCUUGCGAAUCUUCUCUUCAAGACUAAGAAGCAUCUGCCAUGGAAAGAGAGACUCAAAAUUGCAUUGGAUGUGGCCAGAGGAGUCCAGUAUCUACAUGAAGAGUGUGAAGUUCGUAUUGUCCAUUGUAAUCUGAAGCCUCACAAUAUACUAAUGGAUGAACUAUUGACGGCUAAGAUAUCAGAUUUCGGAUUGGCAAGGCUAUCAAAGCCGGAACUUUCGAGUAUUAGACCGGACAAGAACGAGGUUAGAACCGGGUACUUAGCACCUGAAUGGCAAAAGGAGGCAUUGGCAUCGGUUAAAGCUGAUGUUUUCAGUUAUGGGAUAGUACUGUUGGAGAUUGUAUGCCGCAGAAGGAGUAUAGAAGUAAAUGUUCCAUCACCGGAGGAGGUGCUUCUUUCUAGUUGGGCAUAUCAUUGCUUUGCGACUGAGCAGUUACAUAAACUUGUUGCUUACAAUGAGGAUGAAAAGCAAGACAUGGAUUGGAAAACACUGGAAAGAAUGGUGAAGGUGGGGCUGCUGUGUGUUCAAGAUGACCCAUCUCUGCGUCCUUCAAUGAGGAAUGUCAUUUUGAUGUUGGAAGGAUGGAAAGAUGUUCCAAUUCCCCCAUCCCCAUCCUGUUAGGCUUCUUAGUUCUUAAUAAGUUUAUAAUAGAUUAAUAUCUAUCUGUGUAAUACAUACUAAGUUCUUUGUAUUAGCUUCCAUGCAUGGGACUUGUGCCAAAUAGAGGUGCUAUUUCUUUCUUUUCA